AUGUGGGACGACCCGCGCAUCCAGGCCCUCAACUCGGCCGAGGUGGUCGCCGCCCUGCCCUCGCAGCCCAUCGUGGUCAUCACCCAGUCGAUCGCCGCCGGCACCACCAGCGUCUUCACGACGGCGCUCAGCGCCACGGUAGGAUCGGGGGAUCUGGUGACCUUCCCCGUGCAAAGCGCGGGCAACAACCGGUCUAUUGGGUUGGACAACAUCAAUACGAUGACCUACCUCCGCGACAAUGACUACUCCUUCGCAUUCUGGGCGAACUACGACGUGCGCCAGGCCCGAAAGAUCGGCGCCGCGGCGAUGAAAAACUCGGCCGGCAGAGUGGUGAGCCCCACCACGGAAUCGCUGAUCAGCGCCCUGAGCGACUACGAAGCGAGCGGACAGACCUCGUUCGAAAGCCUGCUGCUGUCACCGGGCGCGGACAGUUGGCCCAUUGCUUCGUUUGCCUCGAUCAUCUAUCACCAAAGCACCAUGGAGGACUGCGCCGAGGCCGCAGCGCUGGCCAACUUCCUGUACUGGGCCCAGACCUCGACUACCGCUGGUCAGGUGGCCGAUAGGCAAGGCUUCGUGCUUGUGACGAAUGAGGCGCAGCUCCGUGGCCGGUUCCUCAACCAACUCAAGGCCUUCACCUGCGACGGAGACACCGUGAGUCAUGUGGCCAACUGCAUCAACGACGGCCAGCUGUGCUCGGGUGCGGGCGUCUGCACCAACAACAAGUGUCUGUGCAAUACCGGCCGGGAGGGCCAGUACUGCGAGGGCACCAUCUCCGGGUCCUCCGACAACACGCUCGUCAUUGCCCUC